CCUCACGCAUCGCAUUGCGACAUUUAUUUGCUUUGAACAUAAAAACCCUCGAAAAGCCCCGGGGUCGUCGAAAAUAAUCAACCGCAAAUUCAACGAUCACUCAAGACAUCAAUCUUCAAAACAAACUACCCACCGUCACAAUGAAGUUCACUCUCGCCGCCGCUUCCACCUUGAUCGCCUCUGCUCUGGCAGCCACUCUCCCCAAGUCUUUCACUCUCGUUGCUGACGGCGGCAACACUGUCCUCACUGACAACUCCCACGCCAUCGUGGACGCUGAGCAGGCCAACACGCUGGAGAUCCUGCGCCUGACAAGCAACGACGGCGCCAGCAUCAGCUUCACCCAACAAGCCCUGCCACCCACUGCCUGGCAGAACUUCUACGCCAUCCCAGGUGAUGCCCAGCCUCUCGGCCUGACCCAACCUCACUCCGCGGACCACCCCACAGGCGCUGUGUUCGACAAGUGGGGCAUCACCGACGACGGCUACCUCACCUUCAACGGCGAGGACUCUUUCGGUCUUUCCGAGGACAACAAGCAGGUCUACUUCCUCGGAAAGGACUCCGAUAUCCCCAAGGUUUCUCUCUGGGUUAAGGAGCUCAAAUAGAUUGAUGCACUCUAUAUAGUUGGAGACUCGAGUAGUUGAUGACUUGAGGCCAUCAUCUACAUGUGGACAUAGUCUAGGCCGGUAUUGGACAUAUGGACAAUAGUAAAUAAUUCAAACAUAUCUACCAUAUAACCCUGACCCCUGCAGGUCCUAUCAUGUGACCAAAUCGGUAGAACUCCGAACUCACUCCUAAACGCUAAAUCCUGACCCC